CGAAUCAUGUAGAAGUCUUAUGUCAUCAACAGGACUACUCGCAAUGUGGCAAAUGCGAUCUCUAUCCCGUACUUCAUUACCUCCGACUCUAGGAAAGUCAGCUGCGCUGAUUUAAGACUUGCCGUGAUAUUGUUCUUAUGCCUUGCCUUGUUUAUGGGACCAAGUUUGGCUCUUACUCUCGGUUUGCUGCUGCUGUGAUUUUGCGUAGGCGUGGUCACAGUCAGAUUAUUCUUUCUGCAGGUUACCGUUUCCAUGGUGAUGAGGCAAUUGAAGUUUAGGAUUUGUGGCCUCAGACAAAAGAGAAAGUUAUUUCUGGAAGGUGAGCUGAGGGUCUCAUUCUUUAUGGUUUCUAUGACGAUCAAAGACCGAAGAGCGCACAGUAUUUAAGACCAGAUACAAGGCAGCGAUCAACAGUUAGCGGUUGUGUGGUUGCAUACAUGCAGUAUCGUCUACGGUUACCACAGUGAUCUAGUAUGCGACUUCAAAACAUGCAGUUUGUUUUGCGACUGGUUCUAACGUGUGUGUGUUCAUGUUGGAUAAGUGCUGUUCCCAUUCCACAACAAGAUGUUUAUGCGGUAUCUACGUCCAUCGCCGUUGAACAAGUCGAUGACUCUCCAAGUUCACAGACGACACAAAAUCAAGAUGUCGUCGCAUCUACCUCUCAACCUGAUCCCACACAGUCGAGUAUUUCUGUGAAUUACCAAGAAUCACAAUCAUUAAAUACGCCACACCGUCUCUCUCAUGCACGUUUAUGGCCAACAAUCAAAUCACCAGUACGCCCUACCGCACCGCUGCCGUUCGUGGAAGUACGUAACCAGAGUUUGAGAGAGAGGAGGAACGUACCGCUGGAUGAAACGACAAACCAGGAAAGUGGCGGCACGAGAAACGAACGUGAAGUCGACUCGACAUGCAGUGGCAACAUGACUACACCGUGGCAGGUUGGCCUGAUGAUGGAGACGACGGAUAACAACGAGAAAGAGAGACAGUGUGGUGGCGUGUUGAUCCACAAACAUUGGGUUUUGACUGCAGCACAUUGUGUUGUAAACACAAUUAGAACAUUCGUCAGCAUCGGAUCCACAAACUAUCUGGCCGGAUUUCUUGGCACAGAAGGACAGAAGACGACAGUCAAUGACACGAUCAUACACGAACACUACAGACCGGCAGAUAAAGACAAUAGAAUACCCAAACACGACAUCGCUCUUCUGCGUCUAUCACAAGACGUGGUACUUGGUCGUCAUGUGGCUGUCGCACAGAUUCCUCCGCGUAACAGUUCUCUUACAAAAGGUGGCACAUCAAUGAUUAUUUCGGGUUGGGGAAGAACCAGAGACAACCCACUCUUUCGUGAACGGCUGCGAUGCGCCCUCGUUCCUGUUGUUGCGCACGACGAUUGCGUUGCCGCGUACAAAAACUUAGAAAAACCAGUGAAUAUCCGACAGAGUCAAAUGUGUACUAGCUAUUCGUCUAGUGGAGAUGGUCCUUGUAACGGAGACAGUGGGGGUGGGUUGGUUCAUCGUGGAUCCGACGAACAGAAGACUGUCGUUGGAAUCAUUAGCUGGUCAAAGGGAUGCGGCGAGCACUAUACUGUUUACACAAACGUGCAGAAGUACAGACCGUGGUUGUUGAGAAAUGUUCCCGAACUGACAAGAAAACAUCCGGAAGACUAGGAUAAACUCAAUUUUUAGUAUUUCAUACAAUCUUUUACAGUAUUUAAAACAAACACAUGUAUAGUCUGACUGUUUAUACGUCAUAUUAUAGAUUUUGUUUUCUAUAGAGAGUUAAUUAAUUAAAGCCUGUAAAUUGACAACAGCUGGACGAGGAAUG